CGUAGUGUCUAGCAACACAUCAAAGCAGCAGCUCCAAGACGCUCAACUAGUCAAGGACGUAAAGAGGCUGGUGUUAGCAAGAUUAGCUGAGCUCAACUGACAAGUAAACAAGCCAUCCGAAUCCGACGGUCAAAAUUGAUGUCAUUUUAGUGAAGGUAAUGUCUACGGGUAUAAAUACGACCAAAUGUAAUUUAUACUUCAUUACUUUGCACACCCAUUCAACAGCGACAACAAAACAAUGCUGAAUGGCUGUCCUAGCUACAGUAGCGGGUAGUGCACCUAGAAUGUUUUUUAUUGUCAAAUAUACCAGAUAGGUGUAGUGAAAUGUAGUGUUUUACAGGGGCAGCCAUAGUAGUACGGCGCCCCAGGAGCAAAUUAGGGUGAAGUACCUUGCUCAAGCCAAGGUCACGUCGACAGUUUUCACCUUGUCACUCGUGUAUUCGAACCAGGGAACUUUAAUUAGGUCCAAUUUGUAAGUCGCUCUGGAUAAGAGCGUCUGCUAAAUGACGUAAAUGUUACUGGGCCACCGCUUUAGCUUUAGGCUGGCUACCUGCCGCCGGAAAAGCGAUACUUGCAUGCGAAAUUUUACCCACUGAAUAUUAAUUAACAUGUCAUUGGCAAUAUCUGUGCAAGGAAAGAUUGAUUAGUUGUCAAAGGGUAAAGUCUACUAAACUUAGUCCACUCUGUUCGUAACCGAUUAUAGUUUUGGAAACAGAACUGUAUUGAGAUCAAAUGUUUCGUCGAUGAGAAAGUUAGCAGAAUGUCGACUAAAUGACUAAAAUGUAAAUGUAAAAUCCAUCUCGCUCCAUCUUCUCCCAUCCCCAGGGCUUCCUCUUACCAUCAUAUUUGGUUGUGAGUGGAAACGCCAACCGGAUGCUUCACAUUUAUACAUCCAGUAAAGUAUGUCUCAUUAUAAACUGGGUGGGUCGAGCCCUGAAUGCUGAUUGGCCAAUAUACCACGGCUAAGGGCUGUAUCCAGGCACUUAGCCCUUAGCCAUGGUAUAUUGGCCAUAUACCACACCUCCUCGGGCCUUAUUGCUUAAUUGUUCCAUCUGUGCCUACACUAUAGGUAAGGGAUAAUCAACUCGGGGCUAUGUGUUCAAUGGAAAAUAAUGAACUACAUGGAAGGUGUGUUCCACAAUUGUUUUUAUACCAUGGCUAUAAUUUAACACAUUUGCCGGUAGAAAUGUGUUCAACAUCCACUGAAGUAGCUAGCAAGUUUACUAGAUAGCUACAGUAGUUGCCAUGGUAACCAAACAGACUUGCUAGUUUAGCUAACCAAACCAUCAGUCCUAGCUUGCCAUUAUGACAAUCAAAUUCAACAAUGCCAAUGAUGUUAUAAAUUAGACUUUCUUUCAAAAGCAGCUCAAACAUGUAAUUGUUGAAUUAGAUUUUCUUAAUAGCAAACUAGGACUGAUCAAAUCAAAUCAAAUCAAAUUUUAUUGGUCACAUGCGCCGAAUACAACAGGUGCAGACAUUACAGUGAAAUGCUUACUUACAGCCCUUAACCAACAGUGCAUUUAUUUUAAACAAAAAAGUAAGAAUAAAACAACAACAAAAAAGUGUUGAGAAAAAAAGAGCAGAAGUAAAAAAUAAAGUGACAGUAGGGAGGCUAUAUAUACAAUAGAAUAAAGUGACAGUAGGGAGGCUAUAUAUACAGGGGGGUACCGUUGCAUAGUCAGUGUGCGGGGGCACCGGCUAGUUGAGGUAGUUGAGGUAAUAUGUACAUGUGGGUAGAGUUAAAGUGACUAUGCAUAAAUACUUAACAGAGUAGCAGCAGCGUAAAAAGGAUGGGGUGGGGGGGCAGUGCAAAUAGUCCGGGUAGCCAUGAUUAGCUGUUCAGGAGUCUUAUGGCUUGGGGGUAGAAGCUGUUGAGAAGUCUUUUGGACCUAGACUUGGCACUCCGGUACCGCUUGCCGUGCGGUAGCAGAGAGAACAGUCUAUGACUAGGGUGACUGGAGUCUUUGACAAUUUUGAGGGCCUUCCUCUGACACCGCCUGGUAUAGAGGUCCUGGAUGGCAGGGAGCUUUGCCCCAGUGAUGUACUGGGCCGUACGCACUACCCUCUGUAGUGCCUUGCGGUCAGAGGCCAAGCAGUUGCCAUACCAGGCGGUGAUGCAACCAGUCAGGAUGCUCUCGAUGGUGCAGCUGUAGAAUUUUUUGAGGAUCUGAGGACCCAUGCCAAAUCUUUUUAGUCUCCUGAGGGGGAAUAGGCUUUGUCGUGCCCUCUUCACGACUGUCUUGGUGUGUUUGGACCAUGAUAGUUCGUUGGUGAUGUGGACACCAAGGAACUUGAAGCUCUCAACCUGUUCCACUACAGCCCCGUCGAUGAGAAUGGGGGCGUGCUCAGUCCUCUUUUUUUUCCUGUAGUCCACAAUCAUCUCCUUUGUCUUGGUCACGUUGAGGGAGAGGUUGUUGUCCUGGCACCACACGGCCAGAUCUCUGACCUCCUCCCUAUAGGCUGUCUCAUCGUUGUCGGUGAUCAGGCCUACCACUGUUGUGUCGUCGGCAAACUUAAUGAUGGUGUUGGAGUCGUGCCUGGCCAUGCAGUCAUGGGUGAACAGAGAGUACAGGAGGGGACUGAGCACGCACCCCUGAGGGGCCCCCGUGUUGAGGAUCAGUGUGGCAGAUGUGUUGUUACCUACCCUUACCACCUGGGGGCGGCCCGUCAGGAAGUCCAGGAUCCAGUUGCAGAGGGAGGUGUUUAGUCCCAGGAUCCUUAGCUUAGUGAUGAGCUUUGAGGGCACUAUGGUGUUGAAUGCUGAGCUGUAGUCAAUGAAUAGCAUUCUCACGUAGGUGUUCCUCUUGUCCAGGUGGGAAAGGGCAGUGUGGAGUGCGAUAGAGAUUGCAUCAUCUGUGGAUCUGUUGGGGCGGUAUGCAAAUUGGAGUGGGUCUAGGGUUUCUGGGAUUAUGCUGUUGAUGUGAGCCAUGACCAGUCUUUCAAAGCACUUCAUGGCUACAGACGUCAGUGCCACGGGUCGGUAGUCAUUUAGGCAGGUUAUCUUAGAGUUCUUGGGCACGGGGACUAUGGUGGUCUGCUUGAAACAUGUUGGUAUUACAGACUCAGUCAGGGACAUGUUGAAAAUGUCAGUGAAGACACUUGCCAGUUGGUCAGCACAUGCUCGGAGUACACGUCCUGGUAAUCCGUCUGGCCCUGCGGCCUUGUGAAUGUUGACCUGCUUAAAAGUCUUACUCACAUCGGCUACGGAGAGCGUGAUCACAUAGUCGUCCGGAACAGCUGGUGCUCUCAUGCAUGCUUCAGUGUUGCUUGCCUCGAAGCGAGCAUAGAAGUGGUUUAGCUCGUCUGGUAGGCUUGUGUCACUGGGCAGCUCGCGGCUGUGCUUCCCUUUGUAGUCUGUAAUAGUUUUCAAGCCCUGCCACAUCCGACGAGCGUCAGAGCCAGUGUAGUAUGAUUCAAUCUUAGACCUGUAUUGACUCUUUGCCUGUUUGAUGGUUCGUCGGAGGUCAUAGCGGGAUUUCUUAUAAGCGUCCGGGUUAGAGUCCCGUUCCUUGAAAGCGGCAGCUCUACCCUUUAGCUCAGUGCGGAUGUUUCCUGUAAUCCAUGGCUUCUGGUUGGGGUAUGUACGUACGGUCACUGUGGGGACGACAUCAUCGAUGCACUUAUUGAUGAAGCCAGUGACUGAUGUGGUGUACUCCUCAAUGCUGUCUGAAGAAUCCCGGAACAUGUUCCAGUCUGUGCUAGCAAAACAGUCCUGUAGCUUAGCAUCUGCGUCAUCUGACCACUUUUUUAUUAGCCGAAUCACUGGUGCUUCCUGCUUCAGUUUUUGCUUAUAAGCAGGAAUCAGGAGGAUAGAGUUAUGGUCAGAUUUGCCAAAUGGAGGGCGAGGGAGAGCUUUGUAUGCGUCUCUGUGUGUGGAGUAAAGGUGGUCUAGAGUUUUUUCCCCUCUGGUUGCACAUUUAACAUGCUGGUAGAAAUGAGGUAGAACGGAUUUAAGUUUCCCUGCAUUAAAGUCCCCUGCUACUAGGAGCGCUGCAUCUGGAUGAGCGUUUUCCUGUUGAUUAAUGGCCUUGUACAACUCAUUCAGUGCAAUCUUAAUGCCAGCAUUGGUUUGUGGUGGUAAAUAGACAGCUAUGAAAAAUAUAGAUGAAAACUCUCUUGGUAAAUAGUGUGGUCUACAGCUUAUCAUAAGAUACUCUACCUCAGGCGAGCAAAACCUUGAGACUUCCUUAGUAUUUGAUUUUGUGCACCAGCUGUUGUUUACAAAAAUACAGAGACCGCCACCCCUCGUCUUACCCGAGUCUGCCGUUCUGUCCUGCCGAUGUAGCGUAUAGCCUGCUAGCUGAAUGUUGUCAUUGUUGUCAUUCAGCCACGACUCCGUGAAACAUAAGAUAUUACAGUUUUUAAUGUCCCGUUGGUAGGAUAACCGUAAUCUUAAAUCGUCCAUUUUAUUCUCCAAAGCUUGAACGUUGGCUAAUAGGAUUGAUGGGAGAGGCAGUUUACUCGUUCGCCGUCGGAUCCUUACAAGGCACCCCGACCUACGUCCACGAUAUCUCCUGAUGGUUCGGUUAGCUAAACUAGCAAGUGUGUUUAGGUUACCAUGGCAACUACUGUAGCUAUCUAGUUAAUUUGCCAGCUUCUUCAGUGGAUGUUGAACAUCUUUCUACCGACAAAUUAACACAUUUCUAGGAGCAAAUGUGUUUAAAUUAUAGCCAUGGUAUAAAAGUGAUAAUCAACAAGGGGCUAUGCAUUCUAUGGAAAAUAAUGAACGACGUGGAAGGUGUGUUGGACGACGCGCUAGCGGAUGUCAACUUUAUUUCUCAACUCCUAAUAUUGAGCAAAUUAAACUCACUGGAGUAUCUGACAUAGGCUUUUAAAAAGCACCUGCCGAGAGGCUAUCAGUGCAGCAAGUGCUGCUGGUAAGCUUUCUUGACUUGGGCAUGGUUUCUAGAUAGGGCCACGCCUCAUUCAUUAAACAUUAGCUUACAUUUUGCAUCAUCCGACUCUUUCCUAAAAAAUUUCUGCCAACCAAGACACACCUGUCACCAAUACAGUGUCAACCUUGACAAAAAUUAACCUUGAGCUUACACUGAGUAUACAAAAUAUUAUGAACCUGCGCCACUCAAUAUUAGGAAGGUGUUCCUAAUGUUUGGUAUACUCAUUGUAUGUCCUAAUGUUACAAUAAUUCAGUGAAAAGCAUGAGCUGACACACAAAAAUGUUUGUAGAGUUGCUGAUUAACAGGAUAAACUGUAUGAAAAUAAAGUCGCACACUAUAUAAUCGCAACAAUUUAAUGAGUAAACCUCAACCAACGUUUCGGCAACUAGGAUUGCCGAAACGUUGGUUGAGGUUUACCCAUUAAAAUUGUUGAGAGCAUAGAUGGGAUGUGCGACUUUCAAUGCAUCUCUUUGCAGGGAGCAGGCUUGUCCUGUGGGCUCACCAGCAGUUAUGAAUGUGAACGAUGAUGUGGAAAAGCUUUUAAAUGGUGAAGGACUAGAAGUGAACGACGAGUUCGAUUCAGCACCCGCACAGGUCCAAGCAGUUGCCUUGAGGAAAACGAUAACCUACAUCGUCAGCGCUGUCAUCUUCAAUGAAAAGGUAGUGAGCAAUGAACUCUGUAAGGAUAAGGGAUUAAUUCACCAAGCUAAAGAGCUAAUUAAGUCAAUUAGGUCACUUACUAACCUGACACAUUCUAUCAUGCAGAAGUCCGCAUGGCCUAAAAGGACAUUAGACUUAUGUGGCCUUUGUGUGUAAAAUAAAUGUACAGUUGGAAUUCUGUUGAUGGAACUGACAUUUCCAGUUCAACAUAAUUCCUGCUAUAGAAUGUUUCAAACAUGGUAUAGCUAAUUUCUACACUUGCAGCCAGUGUCAUACACACUGUAUCAUGGCUCUGCUUUCAGCUACAUACAGUGCCUUCAGAAAGUAUUCAUACCCCUUGACUUAACACAUUUUGUUGUUACAGCUUGAAUUCAAAAUGGAUUAGAUUUCUCACCCAUCUACACACAAUACCCCAGAAUGACAAAGUGAAAAGACGUUUAGAAAUGUUAGCAAAUUUGAUUGAGAAUGAAAUACAGAAAUGUAAUUUACAUACGUUUUGAUUUGUGUUCACGCCCCUUUGCUAUAACACUUCAAAUUGAGCUCAGGUACAUCCAAUUUCCUUUGAUCAUCCUUGAGAUGUCACUACAACUUUGAGUCCACCUGUGCCAAUUCAAUUGUUUGGACAUGAUUUAGAAAGACACACACCUGUCUAUAUAAGGUCCCACAGUGCACGUCAGAGCAGAACCUAUACCAUGAAGUCCAAGGAAUUGUCCGUAGAUCUGAGACAGGAUUGUCAUGAGGCAUGUCUGGGGAAGGGUAUAAAACAAUUUCUAGAGUGUUGAAAGUUUCCAAGAGCACAGUGGUCUCCAUCAUUGGGAAAUGGAAGAAAUGUCAAACUACUCAGACUUUGUCUAGAGCUGGCCAUCCAACCAAACUAAGCAAGAAGGACCUUGGCCAGGGAGGUGACCAAGAACCCAAUGACCACUCUGACAGAAUUACAGAGUUCUUUGGCUGAGCUGGAAAACCUGCCAGAAGGACAACUGCCCUCUACAGCACUUCACCAAUCUGGCCUUUAUGGGAGAGUGGCCAGACAGAAGCCACUCCUGAGAAAAAGGCACGACAGCACACCUGGAGUUUGCAAAAAGGUAUGUGAAAGACCGAGCAUAAGGCAAAAUAUUUUAAUUGUACUAUCUGGCCUGAACGCAAAGUGUCUUAACACCAUCCCUGCCGUGAAGCAUGGUGAUGGCAGCAUCAUGCUAUGGGGAUGCUUUUCAGCUGCAGAGACUGGUAAGGAUAGAGGGAACAAUGAAUGGAGCCAAAUAAAGGCAAAUCAUGAUGAGAACCUGCUUCAGAGUGCAAACGGCGAUCUAGUGGCGCACUGAAUAAUUAUAGCUAGUUGGCUAAGCUUUGAUCAGCAUGGAUAUCCGAAAAUGACUGGGCACUGCCAAGAGCAAAAACUGAAGACCACCAUGUCGAGACCGAUGACGAGCAGCCUGCUAGCCCGAUACCGAGGUUGAGGAGCCUAGCAGCAAAUGAAAUACCCGCCCAUCCCCCACUGACCAACAAGAUCGAGGAGAGCCAUGGCCUAGCACCAGCAGCAUGAGGGUAACAUCACAACAAACACCUGCACCUCCGUUAACCCAGCCACUAGCACCUGACGACGUCUGUGAUGAGGAGCCAGCACAGGUUUGUCUUGACACUUACCCUUGCCGCAUUUUCAGUGGGAGAAAGCGGGGCAGAUGCAGCCUUCUGUUAUCUUUUCGGAGGGAAUUUGGAUUCGAUUGACUCAAUGGGAGAAGGAAGCAGUAGACAAGUAGACAACAGUAGACAAUUCCAUGUAAUGCCAUACACAUCCCAUGACAUUCAGAAUGAAAUCAGAGCUCUUGUGAGUAAGAUUGUCACAGAGGCAAUUAUGAAGGAAAUUGGUGAAUCGUGGUAUACACUGAAAGUAGAUGGAACAAAGACCCAACUGGAUGAAAUAACAUUUCUAUUGUUAUUCGAUCUGCAGAUGAAAACAAGUGUGCGAGAGCGGUUGCUGCCAAUGGCAACAAGCAAACAAUAUGAUGCUUUAUCACUUACUAACCUUGUUAUCUCCGAGCUAACAAAUGUUGGCCUCAGCACUGAAAAUAUUCUAAGUCAAUGCUACGAUUGGGCUAGUGUGAUGUGCGGGAAACACGGGGGUGUGCAGAAAAUAUUGCAAGAAAUUGAAUCAUAUGUGCAUUCCUUUAAUCACCAACUGCAUUUGGUUCGGGUGCACGCUAUAUCUGAGGCUGUGGUGGCAGAAUGACUUUUUCAAUGUGUGGAGCUCCCUGUACAAUUUCUUUGGGAAACCCACGGUGGCUGCACAGUACAAUGGGGAAGAACGUAAGACUACUUGAUCAGAGAUGCACUGGCCACCUCACCACUGUGUCAGUCAUUUUGAAAUCAAGUGAUCAGAGAUGCUCUGUAAAAUCGAGUCUACUCGCGCAUAUGGCACAGAUGUGAGACUUGAGGCCAAGGCUUAUUGUAAGCAGUGACAGAGCCAAACUUCAUGUUUAUUGCUAACAUGACUCAAUCCUGAAUGCAGUAACUUUUUAGAAGCUACUGAUCUGUACACCGGUGUCAAACUUGUCCGCAGUACGUAUGGGUGCGUUGAAGAACGCUGGUGUGAUGAACUCAAAGCUUUGGGAGGCAUGCCUGUAGGCACGAGCACACCAGCUCCAAAUAAACAGCAACUUUUUUCAGCACUUUGGAGGCCUGGGGGAAAUGUCAUCACGAUUUAGUGAAGGAAAUAGUCAACUGGUGGAAGAUCUGUGCCAUGGAUCCCGAGACUUUUUGGAUGUGAACAGGGUCAAGCCAUUGUUGGAUCUAACUAAAACUGAACCAGUGGAAGCAGAGUUUGUGGCUUGCACAUUCUUGCAAAGUGAAAUCGCAACCACUGCCAGCAACAGGACCCCACUAAGUGUUCUACAUAGAUACAGCGCGCCUUUGUCAGCAAUGCCGACUGUGGUGUUGGUACUGAAGCAUGGAUUAACAUUUCUGGCAUCUACAGCAAUGUACGAAAAUUCCUUCUCCUCUGUGAAGAAUGUAUUAGGUGAACAGACACAGCAUGUUACAUCAACGAAAAACCUAGCUUGUCCAACUGGCAUUUAAGAGGGACUUAACAAGUACAUUUUGCCAGGAAGGACAAUGGAAUCAAACUUCUCAUGGGGUUUAAUUCAUCAUCGAGGAGGCUGCAACUCUUCUAAAUGGUAAGCUACAACCUUUAUGGCCUUGGCCUGCCGUUUCCGUCAUGUAAGCCUGGUUGUUUGGCAGAUUAUUUAAUGUAAUGUAUAGUUACUUUAGGACUUUGCUUUUUACUUCAAUGCAUGUUAGAUUUGUGAUUCUUAAAGUCAUUGCUUGCUUUUGCGGGUCUAAUUGCCGUUGAUAGAUAUACAGCUUUCCGUUAUUUUAUGGGUAUAGGAAUGUAGCCUGUUGGUUGUGCUCUGAGGUGAGCCCUGGCGUGGUGCUCCUGUUGCCCUGGCUGUCCACUUAGGUGGUGCUGAAAUUGGCAGCGCAUCCUUUCAUCGCACUGACUGGCAACCUUCUGUCCAUGGUCCUGAAUCAAUGGUUACGGUGGGUGCUGUUUUAAUGAGCGCAUCUUGGGCUACCAGUCUUCGUGGGGCUUCUCUUCAACAUCGCAUGCUUUCUUGUGUGCAACAUGGCAGUUGUGUAUAUGGCUGUAUUUCAGAUAGGCCUAUAUUUUUGUAUGUGGCAGUAGUAUAGGACCAAUAGCGUGUUUACGCAAUUCAGUGGACCCGUUCUUUGAGCUUUUGUGGCCUACCACGCUGUGGCUGAGCCGUUGUUGCUCCUUGACGUUUCCACUUCACAAUAACAUCACUUACAGUUGACCGGGGCAGCUCUAGCAGGGCAGAAAUUUGAUUAACUGACUUGUUGAAAAAGUGCAAUCCUAUGACUGUGCCACAUUGAAAGUCACUGAGCUCUUCAGUAAGGCCAUUCUACUGCCAAUGUUUGUCUAUGGAGAUUGCAUGGCUGUGUGCUCGAUUUUAUACACCUGUCAGCAACGGGUGUGGCUGAAAUAGCGGAAUCCACUAAUUUGAAGGGGUGUCCACAUACGUACGUGUGUGUGUGUAUAUAUAGAUCUCAUUAUUAUAUAAAAUGGUUGUGUAUGGUUACAUUUCAGAUACAUUUGAGCAGCAGUAGGACCAAUCUACCUUGUUUUAUUAGGGCUCCCCAUGGAUUUAAAAUGCCCCCUCAGGCAUGUCAUCCUGGAGCUGGGUCUGCAAGGGGUAUGAAUAGUUUCUGAAGGUACUGUACUUUUUAAUCACGUGACUGCCCUUGAGUGGAAAACAAAACAGCAACAAAAAAAAAGUACAUCCCAUUACACUUUUCACCAAAGUGCAUCCUAUUGUACUUUUUUAAAGUGUGUGUGUGUCACCUGUAUUUGCAGAAUGAGGUGCUCAUGGUGCAGGAGGCCAAGGAGAAUUGCUACAAACAGUGGUACCUUCCAGCUGGCCGUAUGGAAGAGGGCGAGAGCAUUGUGGAGGCCAUGAGGAGGGAAGUGAAGGAAGAGGCUGGAUUCGACUGCAAACCUGUUACCCUGGUCCUGGUCCAAGAACAGGGGCCACAGUGGAUCAGAUUUGUUUUCCUGGCGGAGAUUACAGGUAAAACUGUUUUCAUCCACGUAUAUCAGCUUUUCAUACAAACGACAGGCUUAUUGAGUCGUGCUCAGCUUCAUAUUCUUCAAGAAUUAGUAUGUGGACAGAAGUAUGUGGACACCUUCAAGAUUAGUGGAUUCGGCUAUUUCAGCCACACCCGUUGCAGGUGUAUAAAAUCGAGUACACCGCCAUGCAAUCUCCAUAGACAAACAUUGGUAGUAGAAUGCCCGUACUGAAGAGCUCAGUGACUUUCGACGUGGCACCGUCAUAGGCUGCCACCUUUCCAACAAGUCAGUUCGUCACAUUUUUGCCCUGCUACAGCGGACCCGUCAACUGUAAAUGCUGUUAUUGUGAAGUGGAAACGUCUAAGAGCAACAAUGGCUCAGCCGCGAAGUGAUAGGCCACACAAGCUCACGGAACGGGACCGCCGAGUGCUGAAGCGCGUAAAAAUUGUAUGUCCUCGGUUGCAACACUCACUACAGAGUUCCAAACUGCCUCUGAAAGCGUCAGCAUAAUAACUGUUCGUCGGGAGCUUCAUGAAAUGGGUUUCCAUGGCCGAGCAGCCGCACACAAGCUUAAGAUCACCAUGCGCAAUGCCAAGCGUUGGUUGGAAUGGCGUAAAGAUUGCCGCCAUUGGACUCUGGAGCAGUAGAAACGCGUUCUCUGGAGUGAUGAAUCACGCUUCUCCAUCUGGCAGUCCGACUGACAAAUCUGGGUUUGGCAGAUGCCAGGAGAACGCUACCUGCCCCAAUGCAUAGUGCCAACUGUACAUUUUGGGAGGAGGAGGAAUAAUGGUCUGGGGCUGUUCUUCAUGGUUCGGUCUAGGUCCCUUAGUUCCAGUGAAGGGAAAUCUUAACGCUCCACCUUACAAUGACAUUCUAGACGAUUCUGUGCUUCCAACUUUGUGGCAACAGUUUGGGGAAGGCCCUUUCCUGUUUCAGCAUGACAAUGCCCCUGUGCACAAAGCGAGGUCCAUACAGAAAUGGUUUGUCGAGAUUGGUGUGGAAGAACUUGACUGGCCUGCACAGAGCCCUGAGCUCAACCCCAUCGAACACCUUUGGGAUGAAUUGGAACGCCGACUGCGAGCCAGGCCUAAUCGCCCAAUAUCAGUGUCCGACCUCACUAAUGCGUGUGACUGAAUGGAAGCAAUUCCCCACAGCAAUGUUCCAACAUCUAGUGGAAAGCCUUCCCAGAACAGUGGAGGCUAUUUUUGAAGCAAAGGGGGGACCAACUCCGUAUUAAUGGCCAUGAUUUUGGAACGAGAUGUUCGACGAGCAGGUGUACACAUACUUUUGCCCAUGUAGUGUAUAAUUAAUAACAUAAGAAGCUGUGUUGGAAUUUAACAAUAAAAAAUUAAGGCAGUUGGGGGGAGUGUGUUAUGUUUUGGACUUCUUGCAUUCCUCAGGAGUCAGCAGCGUUGAUAAGGUACUUUUUUCACUGCUGUUCCCGCAUAUUUUCCUUCCUUAGGAGGCUCCCUGAAGACGACGGCAGAGGCUGAUGCAGAGUCUCUCCAGGCUCAGUGGUGGAACCAAGACUCCCCACUCACCUUGAGGGGUCGUGACAUCCUCAGACUCAUCAGUGCCGCCCUGAAAUACAGAGAGAAGCCCUGGCAUCCUGUGGCUCACCCUAUAGACAUGUGCUGCCAUGUUGUUGUACAGAGACUUCUCCUCACCUUCAGCAGCCCUGAUGGGGUGCUUUGGCUCCUUUUGAACAACACGAAGGACCUGCACCUCCCCGUGGCCGUGUCUGUGAAAACCCACACAGUCACAUGGGCGGCCAACACACUGGUACAAGAGGCCAUGCCCUCCUCCUACUAUGACCUCAACGUCAACACAAGGGGAAUCCUGGGACUCCAGCACAAUGGAAGGAUCCCUGGGAAGACAGACGGACUCUGCUUCAACACAGUGGUGUCUCUGGAGCACACUGGGGAGGGGCCACACACCAGUCAACCACCACUGAUCGAGAGCCCUCGAUUUCAGUGGUACAAAGUGGAGAAUCCUCAGCUAAGAGACAAGAUUCAACAGAGAAUAACUACUGGGUCCCUCCUUCCAGUGCAUAGUCUCUACUAAGGAGGGGGUGAAAUGACAUUCCAAAAACAAUUCCCUUUUUACUUGAAGAUGAUUUUGGGAAUGUAUUAGGAAUGUGUGGGGCAGGUACCCCCGUCUAUGAGCGGCCAGAAGACACAUAUGUACCUUUGAGAGCAGAUAUUACUGCAGGUGAUAUUACGUUUUUCAUUUGUACAUAAUUUGUCAUUUAGCAAACGCUCUUA